AUGGGAAGCGUAUUUUCGUGUCUUGCAUCGACGUUCCUCUACCUGGGCGAGUUCCUGGAGAACGUGUUCCUAGCGGUUGGCGAGAUUUCAGCCGUGCUGGUACGAGCUCUGUUCGGCAUUGUGGUGAGCCUGUGCGAUCUGCUGGCUGCCAUUAGCUGUUGUUGUCGCGUGCCAUGGUCCGAACGACCCGACCGUGCCUACUAUUCGUACAGUGCGCCAACGACGCACGCAAUCGCAACCACCAACCCCGCGGCGCUCUCGACGAUCGGAGGCAAACAGGUGCUAUCCAGCGUGUUCACCAAAGAGGGAAGAGAACAGCGCAAGCAGAUCAAGACUGCCCGCAGGAAGGAGGCUGAACUCAAGGCCGAACAAGAUGCAGCUACUCGAGCAACCAAGAAGGACGAAGAGGCCAAGAAGAGGGCCGCUGCCGAUGCUGAGAAGGAGCAGGCCAAGGCCGUCAAGGCCUAG